AUGGACACUGGGCAGUUCCAAUGUCGCGUCUGCUCUAAACGAUACAAGCGCAGAGAACACCUUCAGCGCCACAGCAGUUCUCAUACCUCCGAUCGGCCCCAUCGCUGCCCGUCAUGCGACAGCACUUUUCAGCGAACGGACGUCCUCAGGCGCCAUAUACGAACAUGCGCUGGAAAGGAAACAGACAGUUUCCAGGUUGGAGGACGACGACGCUCUUGUAGUCGCUGCAUCCGGCUCAAGAAAGCCUGCAAUUCAGCGCAGCCAUGCCAGCGCUGCUUGUCGCAAGGCGCCCACUGCCAAUACUCCGCCGCCACAGCCACCUCUGGCAGGAAACAGUCGGACGCCUCCAGCUCGACGAUUGACCUUCCCAAUCCUGCUGACAUCGACUCCGAUUUUGCCAGAUUUGAACGCAGUUUCAUGCCGGCUACGGCCUUCACUCUGGAUCUGCCCGGUCCGCAGCUGGGCUUGAUGCCCAGUCCAUCAGACACUCCAUUCUUCCCUGCAGGCCUUGACUAUUCAAGCCUUAGCUGGCAGGACUUCUUGACGAUGACAAGUGAAAGUGAAACCCUCCGGACUCCGCCAAUGAUGGACACCGACUGCAUCCGAUCGCUGCGUUUCCUGGAGAAGUUCACCAGCAAUACAGGCUUCGUCGCCAGUUUCGACUGUGGGACUGAAUCCCAGAGAGCAAGCAUUCUAUCACCGACGCUUCUAGGCUCAGCAGGUUGGCUGGAUAACUCUCUAUCUCUCAAGACGCAUCAAAUACUGUUACUGGUGAAGGAGGUGGUCACUAUAAAGCCUCGCAACAGUGCUGUCUCGCUGGACUGGUCCCCUGUUUUGGAGCAGAUGUGUCUUGAAUUCUUUUCGCCUCCCAAUCUUCGCAAAUACCUCGAGUUCUACUGGUCCAUAUGGCAUCCAAAUGUCAAUAUUGUUCACCGGCCUAGCUUUAACCCUGUCCAGGCGAAGCCGGCUGUUCUGGCCACCAUGGCUCUGAUCGGAGCCUGUGUUUCCCCCGAUCCAUCGGAUAGUCAAAACGCCCAGACGUGGUUCAACUGUGUUGAAGAGUUGGUCUUUAUUGACGAAGACUUCAACAGCGACGUCUCCUUCUCAUCGGGUACUCUGGGCGCUCAUCGAAACAAGAUCCAGGCUCUUCAGGCAGCAUACAUGGUCUGUCUGUAUCAAACAUGGGAAGGAAAUGAUGCCAGUAAGCGCAGAGUUCGUCGCAAUCGAUUUGCGACUCUUGUCUCUACAGCACGAGAUAUUGGGAUCCCCAUGGCCAGGCAUAUAAACUAUAGCCAGCAAACGAGAUGUGAAUUCGACUGGAUGCAGUUUGCUGUUCGCGAGGAAUUCGUCAGGCUACUUACGUGGAUAUUCCUGCUCGAUACCGCGUUUACGAUAUUCAACAACCUCCCUCCUCGGAUGGUGAUCAAGGAAAUGAAGAUCCAUACGGCCGUCCCAGAGGCCUGCUUCCAGGCUAUGACUGCCGAUGAGUGCUACGAGCAGAUCCAGCUUUGUCUGCCGUCUGAAAGUCUCUACUGGAAGAUCUCGCUCUGUAGCGCCUUUCAGACCCUCUGUAAAGACACAUUGGAAGUUAGAGUGCGUGAUGGUCUGGCGGCCUUGGGACCGUUGAACUUAUUUGCCUUGACCUCAGCUAUCCACUCGCUUAUAUUUCAGUACCGGAAUUCUUGGGGGAGCCUCCAGCUCCUAUCCCCGGUCCACCACGCCGUGAACAACUGGAAGACUGUCUGGCAACAGUUUGCCUCGUCCCUGGUUCCGGGAAUGUCGCCUCACGUAACGGUCAAUCACGACGAUCUACAGCCUGAAAACAUGUGGAAACGGGUUGGGUUCUGCAGUUACUGUCCCGAAUACUGGCUGUUGGCCAACCUCAUGACGGACAAGCUCACGGCACGGAGUUCAACUGGUAGUCCUGGGAUGAAUGAGCUGGAGCGGCUGGAUGAUGGGCCACUGGACUCGAUUUUGGAUAAAUAUGACCAGACGAGCAUGCGCCAGGUGAAUGAUUUGAUUCUCAGCCUGUCUGAUUUCCGGAUAGCGGGAUGA